GUGCCUUAGCUAAGCAGGAGGUUGUGACACGGGUUGGUGACAGGCGGUUUGAAGUGUCCUCCCUGGUACCUGUGAACCAGGAGUAACCCAACCAGCAGUAUCUUGUCAGACACAUGCGCGGGAUGUUUUGUAGACGUCGACCCUGACGUAAAUUAAAGUCGUCUACCUGACGUAGUGACAUACCCCUGUAAUCCAAGCAGUUGAGAGGUUUAGGGAUAAAGAUUUCCACAAGUUUGGGGUCACGAUGGGUACUAAGUAAGAUCCUUAGAAAAAUAAGCUCAUGUUCAAAAUGUCCUUUGGUGCUAUCUUGGGAUGCUUGUUUCCGUUUUUCUAUGAAAGCAUUAUACAUGAAGUUUCUACAAAAAAAAAAAAUCAAACUUUACGUACUGCUUCCUAACCUUUUCUCGGUGGCUGUGUAAGGUAGAUCGCGGGACUACUAUCAUCAGUGGCCUGUUGGUGAACAUUUAGGCUGUUGGCAGCUUUUUGCCGUGAUAAGUGUGUUGAACAGCCUGUGAACAUAAGUCUGCGUCUGGGUUCAUGUUCUCAAAAGUAGAGCAGUUAUGAAAGAGGAGGCCAGUUUUUCUUCCAAAGAGCUUUCGUCUCCAGAUUCCACCAGCCUAGACACACCUUUGCUCUCUAGCAUUCUGAGUAUUACUGUCUUAUUUAGUGUUUGUCGACUUAAUCCAUGUCUUACAUAUGCCUUUUAACUUUCUGUUCUUUGUCUACUUGCAGAACUGGGCUUUCCAAAUGUAUUUGGUGUUCAUAACAUUUAUGACUCCGUUUAUAUCCUUCAUGUGCACACUGUCUUGGAUAUAGUCCCAGUUUCCCACUCCUUCCAACAUCUGUCCUGUACCACGUGGAUCCUCCCUGUUGACCACAUACUCUCCUCCUUCCUCUUUUUAUUAGUAACAUGGGAGUUUGUUUACUUGAAUUCUAAUAGUGAGACAUGUCCAAGUUCUCUUUGUGUUUCGCUUUCCUCAGUAAUUUGUUCUGCACUCACAGUUGGGGAAACACCUCCUGGCAGUCAGCUUCCCUAUUUAAAGUGUGACCUACGGGCUGGAGAGAUAGCAACCUCCGGUGUUAUGCCUUGGCUGCUAUCCACUUUGGGUCAGGUGUUUGUUUGUUUAGUAUUGUUUGCAACAUGGUCUCAGGUUGCCCUGCAACUCGCUGAAUAGGCUAGGCUGACUGGCCAUCAAAUACCAAGGAUCUGGCUGGGUGCACUGAGUUCGUAAGGAUACUCUCGAAUGCCAAGUCAUUCUUUUAGAUGGAUUCUGGGGACCAAACUGGGUCCUCACACCUGCCAUACAAACACUUUACUAACUAAGCUAUCUUCCCCGCCCUAAUCCAGACACUGAAAUAUAAUUUUUGAUGAAGGGGUGGGAAAAGGAAGGAAAUCCCAUUUCAUAGCAUUAACAGACCUGGAAACUAAACUAAUAUCCCAGUUGUAUCCUCUGUGGAUGCGCUCGAUAGUGAAUCUUCAAUCAUGGGAUUUUUCAAAUAGGAAAUGUCUUGCCAAAAAUUAGGAGCUAGACUAGCAAUUUUGUAGCAUGACUUCUAGCCUUUGUCUUGCAGCUGGAAGGGUAACAGAACAAACUAGUCUGCUUAGCACCAAAGGGAGACAGAGAGAAGGUCAGAUGAGGCCUCAGUAUCAUCCUUGCCAUUCAUUUGUAGUUUUCACACACUCUUAGUUGGUCUGUCUGCCGUGGGAUUAAGUGCAUCUGGGAAGACCCCUUGAGUCAGGACUUGAGAAUAUACAAACCUCCAUCGAUGAAGGACCAGUGAAGUGUGGUCCACAUAUGAAGUAGUACGCUGCUGUGACAGAAUCACGAAGUCCUCUGUAUAGAGAGAUGGGAAGCUCACCAAAUGUUAGAUUUAGAACAAUGCAAAACACAGAAAGGACUCACGCACUUCAUCUAGGCAGCCUUUAGACACUGCAGAAUUGACAGUGCCAACUAGCAUUGGACUCUUUCAAGAUGAGCUUCCUCUUGCCCAAACUGACCAGCAAGAAAGAAGUAGACCAGGCGAUCAAAAGCACUGCGGAGAAGGUCUUGGUUCUCAGGUUUGGGAGGGAUGAGGAUCCCGUCUGUCUGCAGCUGGAUGAUAUUCUUUCAAAGACUUCAGCUGACCUGAGUAAAAUGGCUACCAUUUACCUGGUGGACGUGGACCAAACUCCAGUUUAUACACAGUAUUUUGACAUCAGUUAUAUUCCCUCUACCGUAUUUUUCUUCAAUGGGCAGCACAUGAAAGUGGAUUAUGGGUCGCCGGAUCACACUAAAUUCGUAGGAAGCUUCAAAACCAAACAAGACUUCAUAGAUUUGAUUGAAGUCAUCUACCGGGGAGCUAUGCGAGGAAAACUUAUUGUUCAAAGUCCUAUUGACCCCAAGAACAUACCCAAAUACGACCUCCUCUAUCAAGACAUUUAGCACUCGCUGCUGUUGGAGAGAAGAGAGGCACAGGCUGAAGCAGAACCUGAACUCAGAGAGCCUGUGGUCUGGAGUCCCUCAGAGACAUGCUCACUGCCUGAGCAAAGAGGUUUCAUAGGUCUGUAAUCAACGGCCCCUCUGCAGAAGCCCCAGUGCUCCCAGAAUGGAGAUGCCUGAGUGUCCAUUCUCUGAGAGCCUCAGAGCAGUGAGCGAGUGACAGGUGGCAUUGUAACGUCCCUUUAUCUUGACUUUCUUUCCCCCUUAAGGUCAAGCCUCCUCCUAGGCGCUGUGAGAACAGUUUGGCCAUGUUUGUGCACACGGGCUCUCCUGGGCCUCCAUUUACUCAUUUACUUGCCCCUCCUAUCCCAGCUUCUCUUGAAAUAGUUAAUACUUAGAUGCAGGGGAGUUCAUUUGUUUCCUCACAGACUGAAAACAGAACCCGUCCACAUAUUUACAGCUGGCAGGUCGUUAAUUGACGAGAGAAAAAUGUGGCUCUCCACCACCCAGCACAGUUUGAGCUAAAUAACAAGUUAACUGCCCUUGGGAAGUAAGGGACAGGGCUCCCCAGAAAGCAGUGCCACCACCCCUUAUUUCAAGGACUCAAGGCCAAAAGGGUAUCAGAUUGUUAAGGGAGCAAUGCCUUGAGGGGUUUGCGAUUCCAAGGGCUUUUUCAGAAUGACCCAACCUCAGGAAACUUGUGUUUCUCGUAAGCCUGUGGUAGUAGUUGUCCCUGACACUGGAGUGAGAGAGCAGGGGCAGAGCUGGAGGGCUAUGGCCAGGAAGCUUGUGACCUGCUGGGCAGCAAGGGACUUGUUGACAGCAGAGGCCCAGGUGUGUGGGAGGCAACACUGUCACCACAGGGCCAACCCUGGCAUUAGCUGCUUACUACUAAGCUUGUCCUUUAGAGAAAAGUGAAACAGGACCUGGUUCUGACAGAUGUGGCACAGAAAGAAGGUUGUUUGGGUUUUCUGAGUCCUCUGCUUAAAGCUGAGCAAUGCUUCAGGGAGGUGCAGACAGCGUUUUCCCACCACCUCCUUAGGAUGCCUGGGGCUGUGGCAGCCACCCUGGACACGUGGGAUGAAGAGUUAGAGAUUGUAAGAGUCAGAUCCCUGAUGAAGUCCUGGGUGAACGAUAAACUCUCCUCCAGUCCCUAUGAUGGAAUAAAAGGUCUUUGUCCAA